UCUGUCAAUGGUGAUGCUGUUGAUGUCGUAAACUCCUACCUAUUCUCGACAUCGAUCAAUCCUCUCCUUAACGUUCUUGUCUUCCUCUGCAAAGACUGCUGCUUCUUUCACCAUCAUCUCAAUCCCUUCCUGAUUAAGACUGCAGACAUCAUUUGUACUAUAAUUCCACUCUUCCCUGUUUGAAGCCUUGUCCUCUGCCUUCUUAGCACUCACUGUAGCGCGUGCAUGAUUGCAUCAACAUCAAACCUCUUAUCCUACGUUGAAAAGCAAAACCCCUCUAAACAAAUCAAAAUUGAGCACAGAAUCAACACAGUCUCUUGUUUGAAACUUAUUGGACGGAGACUCAAAAGCAGAGUGUUGCAGGGAUCAACCUUGUCACAACCCCACCAACAGACUCAAUUACCAGAAAAUAUAGUGCAACAUCGAGCGAAAAGGAUGCCUGCAAAUAACCAGAAAGAACAAGAACACAGCAAAGGAACAUGGGCAAUCGCCCUGUUUAACAGUGACAUCGCAUCACCUUUAUGAUUUUUGCAUUGAGAAUUCCCCCAUGGAAGCAGAAGCUUCGUAAGGAAUUCAACAGCGAUAUCAUAAAUCAAAGGGUUUUGGAUUUAUAAAGGUAAUAACUGUUUGUUCUUCAGUUCUUGUUGACUGGGCAAUCCGAAUUCGAUCCGUCUAUGAUUUGGAUGUACCAUAUAUCCGAUUCGAUCCGAUCCGAUUGCUGAGAUUUUAAGCCCUUGGACCGGGCCACGUAAAAGAAGGUUCACCGCCAUUCUUGGCCAUUUGCGUUCUGGCGCUGAGAGAGCAGAGCAGAAUAUAUGAAUGAAUUUUCUCAAACCCAUCACUACACUCCAUCCCUGUAUCUUCUCUCUCUCUCUCUCUCUCUCUCUCUCUCUCUCUCUCUCUCUCUCUCUCUCAAUCAAAUCUCACUUAGACUUGUCUGAAUAGAUGCUCUGUAAUUUGGUUACCUUGCUUGCUCUGUAAAUAAAGGCAUUGCUUCUCCCCCUUUUUUUGGAUUAAAGCGAGACCCGCCGAAUUUCAGAAACCAACCCAGCAACUUCUAGAGUUUUCUGAGAAAAUAGAAAUGUUGAUUACUUGAUUUACCGAGUAGGAGGAGGAAGAGAAGGUUUCUCCAGUGAAGAAGAGUUGUCCGGCGGUGAGUUGGUAUUGUUUCCUCCUCGAUUUCUCGGCCCACUCGAAAAUGAGCCAGCAGGAAUCGUUUAUCUACAGCUUCGUGGCUCGAGGGACGAUGAUCUUGGCUGAGUACACUGAGUUCACUGGCAACUUCCCUGCCAUCGCGUCCCAGUGCCUUCAGAAGCUCCCCUCCUCCAACAACAAGUUCACCUACAACUGCGAUCACCACACCUUCAACUUCCUCGUCGAAGACGGCUACGCAUAUUGUGUUGUUGCCAAAGAAUCCAYUGGGAAACAGGUGUCUAUAGCUUUUCUUGAACGCAUAAAAGCAGACUUCAAAAAGAGAUAUGGUGGGGGUAAAGCUGAUACAGCCGUUGCCAAGAGUCUUAACAAGGAGUUUGGCCCAGUUAUGAAAGAGCACAUGCAAUAUAUCAUUGACCAUGCUGAAGAGAUUGGGAAGCUUUUAAAAGUGAAGGCUCAGGUUUCAGAAGUGAAAAGUAUUAUGCUGGAAAAUAUAGACAAGGUAUAUUUACUGGCAUUUUACACUGUCCUAAAACUAAUAUGCACACGUCUACUGAUUAUUGAAACCUGA